CGGCUCCCCCGCCUCCUUCCUGCCAGAGUACGUGCUCGGCAGCGUGCAAGCGCGCCCGGCACGUGACCCCGCCGAACGUGGCAUUGUGUUAUCACGUGACCCAGGUGCGUACGCGACGGAGCGGGGUGUGAAGAUGGCGGACGAGGAGGCCGACCAGGAGAGCCUCAGCCGAGGCGGCGGGGGCUGCGCCGCGGAGCUGCAGCGCCUCGGCGAGCGGCUCCAGGAGCUGGAGCGGCAGCUGAGGGAGAGCUGCGGGACAGCCGUGGAGGCAGCCACCGAGUAUUGCCAGCAGCUGUGCCAGACACUCCUUGAAUAUGCUGAGAAAUGGAAAGCCUCAGAAGAUCCUUUACCUUUGUUGGAGGUUUACACAGUGGCUAUUCAAAGCUAUGCUAAAGCACGACCUUAUCUUACCUCUGAGUGCGAAAAUGUAGCGUUGGUCCUGGAACGAUUGGCACUAAGCUGUGUAGAGCUGUUAUUGUGUCUGCCCUUUGAAUUAUCAGAUAAUCAAUGGAAAGAAUUUCAAGCAUUGGUGCAGGUAGCUCAUCAAAAGCUGAUGGAGAAUGGAAGCUGUGAAUUGCAUUUUUUAGCUACUCUUGCCCAAGAGACUGGUGUGUGGAAAAAUCCAGUAUUGCAUGCGAUUCUUUCCCAAGAAUCAUUGGAUAAGGAAAAAGUGAAUGAAUUUUUAGCCUUUGAGGGUCCCAUCUUGUUGGAUAUGAGAAUUAAACAUCUAAUCAAAACAAAUCAGUUAACCCAAGCCACUGCCUUAGCAAAGCUGUGUUCUGACCAUCCAGAGCUUGGUAUAAAGGGCAGUUUUAAGCAAACCUACCUUGUCUGUCUCAGUACAGCAUCACCAAAUGACAAGUUAAUUGAAGAGAUCUCAGCAGUUGAUUGCAAAGAUGCUCUAGAAAUGAUAUGUAACUUAGAAUCUGAUGGAGAUGAAAAAAGUGCUCUCGUUUUAUGUACUGCAUUUUUAUCCCGCCAGUUACAACAAGGAGAUAUGUAUUGUGCCUGGGAACUGACUCUUUUUUGGAGUAAAUUACAACAAAGAGUAGAACCAUCUGUGCAAGUGUAUCUAGAGAGGUGUCGUCAACUUUCUUUGUUAACCAAGACUGUCUAUCACAUUUUCUUCCUGAUUAAAGUUAUUAAUUCAGAGACUGAAGGUGCUGGACUUGCUACCUGCAUUGAACUCUGUGUGAAAGCUCUUCGAUUGGAUUCUGCUGAAAACACUGAAGUAAAAAUAUCUAUUUGCAAAACCAUUUCGUGCUUGUUGCCUGAAGAUCUGGAGGUCAAGCGUGCUUGUCAGUUGAGUGAAUUUCUUCUAGAACCUACAGUGGAUGCAUACUAUGCUGUUGAAAUGUUGUAUAACCAGCCUGACCAGAAAUAUGAUGAAGAGAAUCUUCCAAUACCAAAUUCACUGCGCUGUGAACUCUUACUCGUGUUAAAAACACAGUGGCCCUUUGAUCCAGAGUUUUGGGACUGGAAAACUUUAAAACGACAGUGUCUUGCUUUAAUGGGAGAGGAGGCAUCUAUUGUCUCUUCAAUAGAUGAACUAAAUGACAGUGAAGUGUAUGAAAAAGUAGAAGACUACCAAGGAGAGAGGAAAGAAACUUCCAUGAAUGGACUUUCUGGCUGUUUUGAUGAAGCUACAAGCCUUCUUAAAGGCAUACAUGAUGAAAAAGAAAAGAAGAAGGAAAUUAAAAAAUUAAGAGAAAGAGGAUUUAUAUCAGCUAGGUUUAGAAAUUGGCAAGCCUAUAUGCAGUAUUGUGUUCUAUGUGACAAAGAGUUUCUUGGUCAUAGAAUAGUAAGACAUGCACAGAAGCAUUAUAAAGAUGGGGUUUACAGUUGCCCUAUCUGUGCAAAAAACUUUAAUUCUAAAGAAACUUUUGUUCCUCAUGUGACUUUGCAUGUCAAACAGUCUAGUAAAGAGAGACUGGCUGCUAUGAAACCAUUGAGGAGAUUAGGAAGACCACCUAAAGUACCAGCCACCAACCAGAAUCAAAAGACUGUUACUAUAACCAAACAAGAGCAGCGACCCAUAAAGAAGAACAGCCUUUAUUCUGCUGAUUUCAUUCUGUUCAAUGACAAUGAUGGCUCAGAUGAUGAAAAUGAUGACAAAGAUAAAUCUUAUGAACCUGAUGCGAUUCCCAUUCAAAAGCCAAUACCUGUCAAUGAAUUCACUUGCCCUGUAGCUUUCUGUAAGAAGGGUUUUAAAUACUUCAAAAAUUUAAUUGCUCAUGUCAAGGCUCACAAAGAUAAUGAAGAAGCUAAACGUUUCCUUGAAAUGCAAAGUAAAAAAGUUAUUUGCCAGUAUUGUCGGAGGCAUUUUGUGAGUGUUACUCACCUCAAUGAUCAUUUACAAAUGCACUGUGGCAGUAAACCUUAUAUAUGUAUACAAAUAAAAUGUAAGGCAGGUUUUAACAGUUAUGCAGAGCUUUUGACACACAGAAAAGAGCACCAAGUCUUUAGAGCAAAAUGUAUGUUUCCUAAGUGUGGCAGAAUAUUUUCAGAAGCUUAUCUACUUUAUGAUCAUGAAGCACAGCACUAUAAUACCUAUACCUGCAAAUUCACAACUUGUGGGAAAGUUUAUCGUUCUCAGACUGAGCUAGAAAAGCAUUUGGAUGAUCAUAAUACUGAAAAAGUUCUGCCUUCUGAAAGCCAAAACAAUACAGCUGAUGAGUCAGUUCAGCUUUCAAAAGUGAAUGAAAACACAGAUGAAAAUAUAAAAAAUGAGAAAUCUGUGCUUCCUUUAGAAAAUAACACUAGUAACAACUUAGCAAUAGAUGGAAACAGGGCUUGGGAUCAGAACAAAACCGAAUCAAUUGUGACUGAGCAAGCCAAAAUUUCUACCACUGAGCUUGGGCAGGCUGAAACACUGCUGUCUGAUGGUUCAGAAAACCCCACCAUCCCUUUUCUUUCAACAAAUGAAGCAACUACAUUAACCCACAGCAUUAAAGUAUCCCUCAGCCCAGGACUCCAGGAUAAUACUGUGAAGCAAGAAAAGUUGGCUGCGACAGGCUGUAUGAUGAACGUUAAUAAAUCUGUGGGUACACAAUUAUGUACAAAUGUUAAAGAUGCUUGUAAUGAUUCUUGUCUUCCAGGUUUGCAGGAAAAAAAGGAGAGUAAUAAUUGCUUGAGUCAGGGUCAGCAUGUUCAGAAUAUUUCAACAACUUCAGAUACCCUUAAAAUAGGUGAUCUUGCACCUCAAAAUUUAGAAAGACAAGUUAACAAUCUUAUGUCCUUUACCUUGCAAAAUCAGGCAGUAUUUCAAAACAAUUUACCUAUUUCCAAACUUGAAUUUGAAGGUAAUGCUAAAACUACAUCUAAUCUUUAUAAUUUACCACUUAAGACAUUAGAAGGUAUCACAUUUGUUCCACAACAACCUAAUCUGAGUAGCCCUUUAGUGACUCCACCUGUUCCUCCACCUGGUCCCCCACCUGUUCCCCCACCUGGUCCCCCACCUGUUCCUCCACCUGUUCCCCCAUCUGUUCCACCACCUAUUCCCCAACCUGUUCCUCCACCAGUUCCAGUUCAGAAAUUCUGCUGUCAGGUUGAAGGAUGUACUCGAUCUUACAAUUCUUCACAAAGUAUUGGGAAACACAUGAAAACAGCACAUCCUGACCAAUAUGCUGCCUUUAAAAUGCAGCGUAAAAGCAAAGGAAGACAGAGAUCCAGCAACGUAAAUAUGCCAAAUGAUGGGAAGUGUGUAUAUUUUUUGCCAUCACAGGUAAACAGUUCCAGCAAUGCUGUUUUUACACCUCAGAACAAAACCAGUGUGAAACCUGCUUGUUCAACCCAGUUGCCACAUGUUUCAACUCCUCUUUUUCCAACUCAUCUAGAAAAUUUAUCAAACCCAAUGUUGCCCUCAAUGGAAAGUGUCAUGAAUGCAAAUAUGCCUUCUCUUGUUAAAAGUGAGCCAGGUGUUGUGUUAUGUUCCCCAAUGGAAAAUUUGUCAAAUGCAGCAUUGCCAUCACAAUUGGAAGAUAUAGCAAAAACAGUUUUGCCAUUGAAUAUUGACAGUGGUUCAGAUCCUUUUCUUCCUUUGCCUGCAGAAAGUAGUUCAAUAUCUCUUUUUCCUUCACCAGCAGAUAAUGGGACUAAUUCAGUCUUUUCUCAACUGGAAAACAAUACAAAUCACUUCUCACAAAUUGAAGGAAAUACUAAUUCUGCCUAUAUAAAGGAAGAAAAUGCUCAAAAUAGAGUUUUUCCUUCAGAAGUAAACACUACAAAUAGCUUCAAUGCCACUGUGACCCCUCAACAUCCAGCACCAGAAAAAAAUAAAAAAGACCGUGGACGGGGUCCAAAUGGUAAAGAAAGAAAACCAAAACAUAAUAAAAGGGCUAAGUGGCCAGCAAUAAUUAGAGAUGGUAAAUUUAUCUGUAGCAGGUGUUAUAGGGUUUUUACUAAUCCCAGAUCUCUGGGUGGACAUUUAUCUAAACGGUCCUAUUGUAAGCCAUUGGAAGGAUCAGAAAUUUCUCAAGAAGCUUUGCAGAGUAACAGUCAGCAGCCCUCUCUUCUUGCCAACAUGAUACUCUCUACAAAUGCAAUAAAUGUCCAACAACCACAACAACCUACCUUCAAUUCAGAAACAUGUUUUAAAGAUCCAUCAUUUCUUCAGCUGCUUACAUCUGAAAAUAGAUCAUCAACAUUUUUACAAAAUACAUUUCCUCGUUCUGGUGUGGCUAAUUUUAAUGCCACUGUAAAUGAGGAAGGAAGUGAAAUUAUUAAACAAGCCUUGGAGACUGCUGGCAUUACCAGUACCUUUGAGAAUUCAGAGAUUCUUUCACAUAUGGUUCCAGCAACUUGUGUCACUGAUACAACUCAAGUAAAUGCAGCAGUUAUACCCAAUCCCGAUGUUUCUCCUUUAUUGCAGACUGUCUGUCACCCAAAUACUCUGCUAACAGACCAAAACAGGACACUAAGCACUAAAACUCCUUCUAUAGAUGACUGCAACAACUUACCAGUAUUUCCACCAGAUGAAUUACUACUGAAGACGGUUGAAAAUGGGUUAUGCUCUGGCUCAUUUCCCAGUUCUGUUGGAUCUUCACAAAAUUUUACCACUAAUACUUCUCGGGCUUCAGUGAUAAGUAGCCCCCAGAAUGCAAGAGCUAGUCAUUUAAAUAAAAAGGGAAACUGUGCUUCUAAGAGAAAGAGGAAAGCUGCUCCACCAUUACUUGAAAAUAGUCCUCAAAACUUAGUAACAAAUGAUCUAACAGCAAUGGGACUAUUAGCAAAGAGCAUUGAAGAAAAUGCACAGAUGCCAACUGAUAAUCUCCAGCCUCAGGCAUUAGUGGAAAAUCUCACACAGAAGUUAAAUAACGUUGACAAUCAAUUGUUUAUGGCCAGUAUCAAAGAAAACUUCAAAACAAAUCUUGAGAACCAUGCUGCAUUAACUCCUUUAACAAUAAAAACUGAAAAUGGAGAUUCCCAAAUGAUGGCUAUGAAUUCGUGCACUGCCUCAGUAAAUUCCGACUUGCAAAUUUCUGAAGACAGUGUUAUACAGAAUUUUGAAAAGACUCUUGAAAUUAUUAAAACUGCUAUGAGUUCUCAAAUACUCGAAGUUAAAAGUGAAAUACAAGAUGUUAUUGGAGCAUCACAAAAUUCACAGAUCACUUAUAGCACUCAGAUCCCUUCUUCAGUAAAUGUAAUGCAGAAUUCUAAAAUGCCUGAUAUGUCUCAGUUUUCAUUGCACAGAGAUGUGACUACUACAAAUGACAACUCUCCUAAGCCUGAAAUGCCUCUUAAGGAUGAUUUUCAAGUAUUAGAGAUUUUGGAAGGCUUACAGAAAUUAAAGUUAGAAAAUGACAUAUCUAUUCCUCUUUCUGAUAAGGUUCCCCCAUGUCUACCAGUAAAUACAACUGCUGCUUUGACUUCCACACCUGUUAAAGCCAUCUCAAAUACUGUAGUCAUUCAGCAAACUUCUGAAAUGGGAAACAACAUUCAAUUUAGUGAUAAAGUUAAUAAACCUUUUGUAUGCCAAGACCCAGGCUGUAGCUACAGUGCUAUGACAAAGGAUGCCUUAUUUAAACACUAUGGUAAAAUUCAUCACUAUACUGCAGAGAUGGUUAUGGAAAUAAAGAAACAUCAACUCAAGUAUGCUCCAUUCAAAUGUGUAGUAACUACCUGUCCAAAAACAUUUACAAGAAAUUCCAAUCUCCGGGCACAUUGUCAAUUGGUACAUCACUUCACAACAGAAGAAAUGGUCAAAUUAAAAAUUAAAAGACCUUAUGGAAAAAAAUCUCAAAAUGAAAAUGUAGCAGCAGCCCCACAAGUUGUGGAAAUAAAAAAACAAACAACUUUAACAGUGGAAAAUAAAAAUGAAGUACAGCCUCCCAUAGAAGUUGAGACACAAAAAGAAAUUGCCAUAAAUAAUGUGGCAGUGACUGCAGAAGCACCUCUUAUAGAAAAAAAAAUUCCUGAAAAAACAGAAAUUUCUCUCCCAACAAGUUCAGCUGCUCCAGAGCAGUGUGACUCACAUUCUUGCAAUAACAUACAGACAAAAGGACGAAAAAAUAGGAGGCAUAAAAAAGAAAAGGAGGAGAUAAAGCGUAAGAAACCAGAAACACAGUCCCCUGAGGUGCCAACAAGAUACAGUCCCUAUAGACCAUAUAGGUGUGUGCAUCAGGGUUGUUUUGCAGCUUUUACAAUACAGCAAAACUUGAUUCUUCAUUACCAGGCUGUGCAUAAAUCAGAUCUACCAGUAUUCCCUGUGGAGAUUGAAGAAGAAAGUGAAGCUUGUAAAGAAAGUGAAGAAACUGAAACUAAGCACACUGUGAAAGAGUUUCGAUGUCAGGUGAGUGACUGCUCUCGAAUUUUUCAAGAGAUUACUAGUUUGAUACAGCACUACAUGAAACUUCAUGAGAUGACUGCUGAAGAAAUUGCAAGUAUGCCUUCCUCUGUAGAUUGUGGAAGAUUUCCUUGUGAUCAGUCCCAUUGUAAAUCUUCAUUUACCACAUGUUUGAACUAUGUUCUUCAUCUUGAAAUGGACCAUGGAAUCAAGUUCAGACCCAAAAAAAUGGAGGAUGAUGGUAUAUACAAAUGUGACUGUGAAGGUUGUGACCGCAUUUAUGCAACUAGAUCUAAUCUGCUGCGACACAUUUUUAAUAAGCAUAAUGACAAACAUAAAGCUCACUUAAUUAGGCCGAGAAGACUUACACCUGGUCAGGAAAACAUAUCAAGUAAAGCAAAUCAGGAGAAGUCAAGACCUAAACAUCGAGGAGUAAAGCAUAACAGGUCUGGGAAAGAGGGAAGCAAAUCUAAAAGUAAACGAAAGAAAAAUGUUAUUUCAGAAAAUAAAAAUUCAAAAACUGAGCAGGUUGAAGAAAAUAAACCUUAUUCUUUGAAACGUGGGAAGCAUGUGUAUUCUAUAAAAUCUAGGAAUGACGCUUUAUCAGAGUGUACAAGCAGAUUUGUCACACAAUAUCCAUGUAUGAUAAAAGGAUGUACAUCAGUUGUGACAAGUGAGAACAAUAUAAUUAGACAUUAUAAAUGCCACAAGUUAUCAAAAUCAUUUACUUCACAACACCGUGAUCUUCUCAUUGUCUUCAAACAGUGUUGUCCCUCCCAAGUAAAAGAUACUUCUUCUGAACAAGAAGUCGAUAAAAAAAGUGAUACGAAAGAAUCUGAUGCGUGUAUAUCAGAGAGCAGUAAUGACUCAAGUACAACAACAGUACCACAAAGUGAGGUUGAAAAAGAUGAAAUGGAUGAACUAACUGAAUUGUUUAUUACGAAACUGAUUAAUGAAGACAGCACAACUGUAGAGAACCAAGAAGAUAACUCAGCUUCAUGUAUAAAUAAUGACAUUCAGGAAAAUACCACCUGCCAAUCUGAAAAACAACAGUCAAAUAAUUUAAAGAGAGCAAAUAAAGAGAAAACUGUCUCACAAAACAAAAAGAAAAAAAUUGAAAAAUCUGAAGAAAUUUUGGCAGUUGAUUUAAGUAGCAUGCAUAAAGAAGAAGAAACAGCAGUUGCAAUUCAGACCACAGAAGAACAGCCUACAACUUUUGACUGGAGUUCAUUUAAACCAAUGGGAUUUGAAGUAUCAUUUCUCAAGUUUCUUGAGGAAUCUGCAGUGAAGCAAAAGAAAAAUGCUGACAAGGAUCAUCAAAACCAUAAUGGAGCUAAAAAAGGCGGCUCUCACUCAAACACAAAGAAAUCCACUGACAAGACUUCUUUGGCAAGUGGUGAUCACAUAUGGACAUGUUCUGAAAGUGAGACUUUUGUCCAGUUUGCCAAUCCAUCACAACUUCAGUGCAGUGAAAAUGUAAAAAUUGUUUUAGACAAGACUCUUAAAGAUUGCACUGAGCUUGUGUUAAAGCAGCUUCAGGAAAUGAAACCCACUGUCACUCUGAAAAAACUUGAAGUACAUUCAAAAGACACAGAUGUUUCAGUCACAAAAGAAAUAAGUAGGGGUAAUGACAAUGGAGAAUUGCAGUAGUGAUAACUACUAUGUGCUGAAUACAACAUACAUAAUUUUAUUUUGAAUAGGAAGCCAUCAAGCAUGCUAGUAAUUGUGAAGUUUUUUUAGUUGUUUUUUUGUUGUUGUUUGUUGUUGUUGUCGUCAUCGUUGUUGUCGUUGAUGUUGAUGUGAAUUAACCUGGAAAAAAAAAAAUCAUGACAUAAGUCAUGUAAAAUUCUUCGGUUUUUAUCCCUAUGGGACUUGAGGAACAUAAUCAUUGCUUCAGUUUUUGUAAAUAGUUGAGCUAAACCUCAGAUUUCUAUCAAAACAAAACAAAGCUGUCCUUUCCAUGAAUUAAAUCUUUGUGAAUUGUCUGUGAUUGGUAUCUUUCACCAGGUCACUGCUCAUGUAUAACAGUACUCUUCAUUUGUAGAUACCUUUUUUGUAUAUAUUUAUUAUUGUAAAUCAUUUGCUGCCACCAGCAGUCUGUAAGUCUAAACUAUUAAAUGACACAUUUAUAUUCGGAAUUUUAAUUUGUAACUAAGUGAUCAAGUUUUUAAAAUUGUCUUUGAUUGUUUUAAAUUAAGAACUUUUUGAACAAAAGCUAGAAAAUUUGCCAUAUCCAGUUUAUUUUGCAUAUAGCAUUUAUUCACCAGAGGAAUUUGAUGAAAUCACAUUUCAUUGGGUAAACACAUUAUAUUGACAACACUCAUAUUUGUAAAUUUAGCAUCCAUUAUCUUACUAGAUGGAUGACAUUCAUGUGUAGUUAAUUCAAAUUCUUUUAACAAUUUCUUAAAGCUACACUUUUUUUUUCCCUCAGUGCUUCUAUUUGGACGUUAGAGUUAAAUACAAUGGAAAUAUGAAUAAAGAAUUUACAUCAGAGAUUUUUAAACAAUUGGUAUUAAAAGAUCCAUUGUGAAUGUGAUAGAAAAUUUAGUAGUGUGGAGCAGUGUAUAUAUAUAUAUGAGGUGGUAAAUUGUGAAGUAGCCCAGUAUUGCCUUAAAUAAAAUCACAUUUCAUUUCUUCUUUUAUACAUGUUAUCUUAUAAAAGGUUUUUUUUUAAUUUUCUGAAUUUACAAAUUGGUGUAUAGCUUUAAAAUUUAUAAUCUCCUAUGGGAAGAUAUUUUUCAGACAUUUUUAUAUACCUUAAAAAUAGGUAAAAUAAAAAUAAAUCCAUCUUGAAUCUGUAAAAUGUAAGAGUCCUAACAUUUAAAAUACUGUUUAAAAAAUUUCCUGUAACAGAAAUAGAAUGCUAUGAUUUUACAAUUUAAAUUCUUACAUUCUAUAAUCUGUCUAUUUUUCUACCAUAUUCACAGGGUUUUGUUGUUUUUUUUUUUUCUCCUUUUAGAGUAGACUUCAAAAGCAGUAUUCAAAAGCAGUAUAACUUGGUUUUAAUGAAUAACAGUAUUCAUUUACAAUUUAAUUUAGCUUUACAUUAUGUUCAUGGUAUUGUUUUAAAAUAAUUUGUACCCACAGGUACAAGAUAAAAAUGAUUUUAAAAUAUUUUAUUGAUUUCACUUUUGCUCUAAAGUCAAUUGUGAUUUUUUUAAAAAAAAGUUAUUUUCUUGUAAAGCCAAUUUCCAUUAUUUGAAAUUGCACUUCUCUUUGUCAUAAAUAAGAUUGAUUUCUGUUAGACUGUCUUAUGACAGACUAACUUAAUAAUCAUAUCAUUAGCUAGGAUACUCUGAUGAUGUGAAGGUAUCAUCCUCUUUGUAUCAUAACAUUCACAAACAAAAAGCACAUUAAACAUCAACUAGAUAGUAUUCUGAGCAAUCAUGAUCAACCAGUGAAUAGUUUUCUUUUUAAAACUUUUAAAGGACAUUUUAUCUUUAAAGUACUGUUUUAUUUUUAUGAAACUGUGGGACAUACUGAACAGUUCAUUUGUCUCCUUUAAGUUCAUUUCUGGAAUGCAUAAAAUGUGACAAAUUAAAAUUCUUACAUGUUGGUAAAGUUAUUUAUUAAAUCAUAAUUUUUCUUUUAUAAAUGAUUAAAACAUGGUGUGUUUUAGAUUAGCAAUAGUUUUAGGUAGCUUUGAAUAAUUUUAAUAUUAAAAUUUUGUUAACUGGAUUUUUUCAUACAGUUUCUUAGAAGUUUGCCAAGUCUUUGACAACAGGAAAUUCUGUCUAAAUGGCUCUAUAUAGUGCCUAGCACAGCAUCAUGUGCAAGUAAGUGCUUAAUAAAUUAUUUUUUAUAAAUAUAUCAUGGUGAUGGCCCUAAAUUAUACGGUUAAGGUACAUAAGUUCUUCCCCUCACCCCACCCCUGCCAUAAAAUUAGGUUAGGAAAAUUGACUAAAAUUGCUGUUAACUAUAAACCUAUAUAUGCUACAUACAUGUAAAAGUUUAGUGCCAGUUACUAAAUGUAAUAGAAUGAGACAAUAUUCUAAAAUAUAAUUGGGGGAUCAAAAUCUGUUUCUUAGUAAAGACAUUUUCUCAUGCUAUUCUAAAUGUUAUUUUACUACAUCUUAGUUUUUCCAAAUUUAAUAAUCUUGGAAAUAUAUAAAUGGGAAAUCAUGUCAUUCAUCACCAAUACACAUUGUCAUAAGUUUUGGUAGUUUUAAGCAAUAUUUUCAUAGCAUUAAACCUUGUUAUUUUAAAAUACAAGGGACAGAAUAAAAUAGACUUGGAAAAAACAACACUUGGAUUAUCCUAUAUUUUUAUUAGAGGAAUAGGGUAUCCAAUCUCAUUGGGGAAAUAGCAACAGAUUUCAGUUAUGCUAUUUGCAUAGGGGUCUAUUCUUCCAGUUUAUGGACAGUUUUAAAAAUAAGCACUGUUUAUAUAAAAAGGAAAAGAAUUUAGUUGAGAAAAGUGAAAUGUGUCUGAUGAAGCUAGUUUUUUGCACGGAAUAUCAAACUUUUCUAAGCAGAAUGUUCUCAUUUAACUUUCAGUGCCAUAUUGAAUUCCUCAUUAUAUCUAUUAGAGAAAAGCACUUAAAAAUUAUAUGAUUAGUUGUCAGGUCAACUCAUAGUUUCCUAGGAUUUGAAUUGUGUCUUUUGAGUUAUGUUGGUUUUUACCAACUCUUACAUUAUAGCCUAAGCCUUUCAACUUUUUCCUUUUAAAUAUCAACUCAGUAAAAAAUUUAAUUUAAUAAUUGUGAAUACAUUUUGACAUUUAUAAGUAAUGUUAUAAAAUAGGAAAGGAUCUUUAAAAAGGAACAACUAAAGGAUUGCAGUUUCUCUAGAUGCAUGUUUUACCUCACUUGUGUACUUGCUUUAAGGAUUGUUCUUUCUCUCUGUCAGGGAAGACAUUAUAUUUUUAUUUACUAAUGUCUUACUAGGCUAAAACCCUAAGAAAUUUCUGAUUUAAGUAAUCCCUUUAACAACAUUUGAAUUACCACCACCAAGAUCAAGAAAGCAGGAGGAGGGAUUCAGAAUGACAGGAUUUUUAAAUAUGUAGGUACUGUAGAAUUUACUAUAAAGAAAUUAUUUGUAAAACUUUUUAGGGAGAAAAUAUAGAGGUUAUGAAAUAUUAAAGUUCUAUAUAUAGAUUUUUUGCUUUCAGUGGAUUGUACUUCUACCCCACCCACCCACUGAGAAUUUGUGAAUUCUCAGUUUAAAGGUAGAUAUGGAAACAACAAAGGCUCUUUAGAAACUACAAAGGAGGGUAUAAAUUUCUUUAUACUUUCUCUAUAAUGAUUGUUUCUGAACACAACAUAGUCACAUAUUUUUACUGAUGCUUUCACUGUAAAAAAAAAAAAAAAUGGGGGAGUGUGGAGGAGGGAGGUACAAAUUGAUAUUAAGUAAACCUUCAUACCCUUGUCCAGUUUUACCCUUAACAACCUUCGUUAAUCUUUAAGGGCUUCACUACUUUAUUAUUAAAGAAGAGUGACAAGCAUAAGUGGAUUUGCUUUAAAAAAAUUUUUUUUCCCCCCCUCCUCAACUCAUUCUUUGCAUUCCUGAAAGUCCUACAAAGAACAAAAAAUUCUUCAAGGAUGCUGUGAUAGUUGCUGGCUACAUGUGUUAGUUAUGAAAAAAGUUCAGGAAGGAAUUGGUUUACAGAUGCUUGUAAUUUAAUAUAUAUGUUUAGGAUUUGCUUUACUUUUGAGUUUCAGACUUAAGUUUAUUACCCUAAUUCUAAGGGAGAAAGCACCGGGCAGGUAUUGUAACCCAACUCAAUGCCUGGUUCUUCACAGAACUGGAAAUGGAUUUGGGAAAUCUUAACAACAUCCUCAGCCACAGAAAAGUAGGAAGGAAACAUGAGAAACAGGAAUGAUUAAGAAUUAUUUCUUUAUUCCCUCUCCACAGUCUAUGACAAGCAAAUGAAUGCUCCUCUGACCUUAUGUUUUUAUAGCAACUUAUAUUUUCCAGACCAGAUUUGUAACAUUACAUAUAGAGACUCACAACAGAACCCAAAAAGUAGGUUAGUUGAACAGAUGUUUCAUCCAUUUCAAAGGUGAUGGAUAUUGAUUGAUCAGAUGACUUGCCAGUCAUGUGGCAAGCCAAUGAAAUAGGAAAAUAAAACCAUAUCUCUUGACAGUAUUUUCAUAUAUCCUGCUGUUCUCUGAUAUGAAUUGUUGACAGCAGAAAAGUAGAAACUAUGUAGAAAAAAUUUCUACAUUUUUCAUCUCAGGUAUAACCAUGGGAAUGGGAGGGUGGGAAGCCACUAAAUGCAUGCAUAAAUACAAUAUACCUCGUAUGACCUAAAUUCUUAACAUGAAAUAAUACUGAAUUAGCAAAAUGAACCCAUAUGCAAUUCUGGAUCGAAGACAACAAAGUAGUAUGUAAUUAUAGAGUGGGUUUUUUUAAUGGAUGAAUUUCUCACAGUAAAAUGAGAAAACUGCCAAUUCUGGUACCUUCCUACUGCCCCCACAAAAUAAAAGAACAGGUGACCUGAGCCCAAUUUCCCAUUAGUGAAAACAGACAAGCCCAAAGUAAGGGAGGACAAAGCUACUUCCCAACCUGAAGUGAAGCAAAGCACCAGUAACAGCCGUCACUGUGUUUUGAAUGGCUGUUGUGUAAGAAUUUCAAAUAAAAAAUGUAUAGUUUUGAUAGAA